ACACAAUAAACACCACCAAAUCAGAGUCCGUCAAAGUCGGUGCACAGCCAAGAUAACUGCCUCUACUAGCCGUUUAAAUCCGGUGAAUCUCCGGCAUUAUAUCUCACCGGACUGUCAUUUUCCGGCCAACCCACUCAUCACAAGUUUUUCUGUCAGUUUGGUUGAUUGAAAUAGAUGUUAUGAACUGUGAAAUAAAAGAGAUAAAUUAUUAUUGUAUCCCGAGGAAGCAUCAUAUUUCGCGGGUCUUUGUAUACUAGUUUGUUGGUGUUAAAAUGAAUGGAAUUCAGAAUCACAAAACUCACAAUAUCGAGAUACCUUAUCUAGGAUGUUAGGGACGUGUAGUCAACGUUUUUGAACCGAGUGCAGGCAUGCCAGGAAAUAGACUGUUGAUGGAUAAGCCUCAUCAUAAUGGACCCCCUUUGACAAGGAGUCACUCAGAUGUUUCAGGAAUGAGUCUCGCUGAGGAUCAGAUAGAAGAUAAAAUGGCUAUCUCUGAGUUGCAAAGUACCUCACUGAAUAGGAAGUCACAUAGGACACCUAUAAAAAUGCUUAUAGCUCAAGAAAUGUCUAAAGAAGUGGAUUCUAAGCAAAAGCCGCCAAGUGUGGUUGCAAGGCUGAUGGGGCUUGACACCCUCCCACUUCAGCAGUCUUAUACAGCUUCGCAACAAAACCAUUCGAGAGGUUCUUCACGCAGCCAAUCUUUUGCAUCUUUUGGUUCGUGGAAGGAGGAGCAGGAAAUUCAUCAGUAUCAAGAGCAAAAUGGGUACAAAGAUGUUUAUGAAAUACAACAAUCACACAAUAAAUUUGUUAGGCAUAACUCACCUCAUAAAGAAAGAUUCGACGGGCGUUCAGUUGAAAAAAAGAUGGCUCUUGUUCGUCAGAAUUUUAUUGAAUUAAAGCGUCUUUCUACAGAUGAAAAGCUUCGUCAGUCCAAGCAGUUUCGGGAUGCUUUAGAGGUUUUAAGUUCCAACAAAGAUUCAUUCCUCAAAUUUCUCCAAGAACCAAACUCAAUGUUCUCGCAGCAACUGUCUGAUUUGCAUUCUAAUCCCCUGCCUUCUGAGACGAAGCGCAUAACCAUUCUGAAACCCGCAAAAAUGGUGGAUAGCUAUAAAGUUACUGAUUUGGGGAAGAAGGAUGAAGAACAAAUAAAUGAAAGUUCUGAGUUCAGUCAGAUCAACAGGCUAAGCAUUCCUGGAUUUUCUCCUCCACCAACAUGUAAACUUGAAGAUAGUCGGGUGCAAGCAACUCGAAUAGUGGUGCUAAAACCUAGCCCUGGGAAGUCCCAUGACAUUACUGCUGUUAUUUCACCUCUUUCUCCGUCAACAAAGGCAUUACAUGUUGAAGAUCAGUAUGUGGAGUUCGAGGAAAAUGAUGCUAAAGAAUCAAGAGAAAUGGCAAAGGAGAUUACUCGGCAAAUGUGUGAAAAUUUGAGUCAUCAAAGAAGGGAUGAAACACUGCUCCCUUCUGUGUUUUGCAAUGGUUAUACUGGUGAUGAAAGUUCAUUUGAUAAAUCUGAGAUUGAAUUUGCAGCGGAGAAUCUUAGUGAUUCAGAGGCUAUGUCUCCAACUUCCAGGCAUUCUUGGGAUUACAUUAAUAGGCUUGGUAGCCCUUAUUCGUUCUCCACCUUCAGUCGUGCAUCUUAUUCUCCUGAGUCGUCAGUUUGUCGAGAAGCAAAGAAGCGACUCUCUGAGAGAUGGGCCAUGAUGGCAUCUAAUAGAAGUCAAGAACAAAAACAUGUAAAAAGGAGCUCCAGUACUUUAGGUGAGAUGCUUGCUCUUUCUGAUAUAAAAAGGUCGGUCAUAUCCGAGCAAGAUUCUAUUAGAAGUGAACAGGAGUUCAGGGGAUCCAGGUCAUGCUGCACUAGUGAUUUGAAUGAUGAGGAUAAAUGUGAUCCUCCUACCAGGAAUAUUUUGAGAUCAAAAUCUGUCCCUGCAUCUUCUACGGCCUACGGUGGCAGAAUUAGUUUAGAAGUUUCAGAUCCUAAGAUGGAGAAAGCAGAUGCUGCCAAGGAUCUGACAAAAACAAGAAGCAUGAAAUCAUUGUUGAAGGGCAGAGUUUCAAAUUUAUUUUUCCCCAGGACAAAUAAAUCCAGUAAACAGAAAUCGAGUAAUUCUAGGGAUGAAAUUGAAUCUGCUGAAUUGCCAAGUCAGCCUUCUGGAUAUGAAGUUGAUCUAGCUAUUAAACAGGGGGAAUUGCCUGAUCCACUUGGAUCUUGGAACAAAGCUUCUCCUUCACAUUCAUUCAGUGUGGAGAAUGAAGAAUGGUUGCUUCAUACCAAGGCUGAAAUCUCCGCAACAAAACCUUGUCCAUCUAGAAAUCCUAUUGAGUACCAAGAUACACCAAGUUCAUUCUCAGUCUUGGAGCUUCCAUUCCAAGAGGAUGAUCGCAGGGACUCUGAAUUCUCUGACAACUUCAGUCUACUCCGAAAUGGGUCUGAUUCACCCGUGUAUUCUAGUAAAGCCAAUCUGAUCGACAAAUCUCCACCAGUAAGAUCCAUCGCUCGGACUCUUUCGCAAAAGGAUUCUUGUACAGAAACUGCAAGUCUAUAUCCUGCAAAAACAUCUGUGGUUAUGAUAGAUGCUGAGGAAGAAAGACAAGAAUUGUCUUUACUUGUUCAGACGCUAUUAGCGGCAGCGAAAUUUGGGAAUGAAUUGCAGUUCGACACAUUUUUGGCUAGGUGUCAUUCCUUAGAGAGCCCAUUGGACCCAUCAUUGAGAGACAAUUACUUAGGCCUAAUUGACAAGGAGACGUUGCCUGAGGCCAAGCGAGGGCAAAGAAUAUUAAUGCAAAAGCUUGUGUUUGAUUGUGUCAAUGCAGCAUUGGUGGAAUUAGCUGUGCAUGAGUUGGAUACAUGGAAAAGCAGGCCCUCUAAUAGGGUUCAUGAUCAGAUGUUAAUAUUUGACUCUGUGUGGACCCAGAUGGAGUGGUUUUGUGGCGAGGUUAGUUGUGUUUUGGGUGAAAUUUGGGAAAACAAUAGCCUGGUUGUGGAGAGAUUGGUGAGGAAGGAUGUGAUUGAAAAAGGUUGGAAUGACCAGGCGAUGAUGGAAAUAGACCGUUUUCACAAGGAAAUUGAAGUGAAGUUGCUGGAAGAUCUUGUGCAAGAGGCUGUCGAAGAAUUUACAGAUAAUUUGAGAUGAGACCUUUCUUUAUCAUAUUAAUUUAUUGCGUAUCUUCAUUUGUUUCAAAUUGUCAUAUACUACUCUUUGAUUCGUGUUAAGCUCUCCCACGAUGAUGGUUCCCGCCAAAGUGCCAUUUGUUUUGUAAUGCAAAUAUAUGAUAUGUAUUUCUUCAGAAAUGGGCUGUUUUGCUAUAUUCUGAAUAUUGGAUCCUGAGCUGGACAUGUAAUGUAUAAUUGUAUAUCUUAGAUCCGCCUCUUGUCUCCCUUUGUAUAAAAAUAAUAGUUAAAUACAUUGCUCUGUAUCCUCAUAUUUGUCAUUAUUUAAUAAUGGUAAAGUCAUUGUUGUUUGUUGUGA